GCGGUUCAUCGAGUUCAAGGAUCCCAAGUCCGGGAUGACUGAGGUCGUCACGGAGGAAAUGAUCCGCACCAGCGGUAUGUACUUCUGCGCCGGCUAUGAUCCGAUGAUCCACGACGGCGGCCGCUGCAUGGAGUCCUGGGAGCAGGAUAUGGAAUACAUUCCUCCAUUAAGGCUACAAGAAAUCUCCCAUUUUCAGAAGCAUCCUGAGACCGCUUUCAAGGGGAAAAACAAGGUUCUAAGAUGCGUUUCAAGAUGGAUUUCUCUUGGGUCUAACUCCCGUGUUCGAGCGUGCCAAUGCGACUGGCUUGCAAGCUUGCGAGCGUGUUGCCGCUGUGAUCACCAUGGGCACCGAAGGUGACAUGUCUGGCGGAGUCGCUAGCGUGGUUGUGCCGGACAUCCAUCAGUACUGCCCGUCUGGAGCAUGCAACCAGACGCAGUUCUUUCA